AAGGAAGGGUUUAAAGCUAGUGUAGAGCUAUUCAAGAACCUUCUGUCAAUGGUGAUUGCCCUAGACGGUAAUGCAAAACCGAUGAUUGGAAAAGAUUUCCACGGAUCUGAUCUAACGGUUGUCUUUGAAACUGACGGUCACGACCACUCCACCAUCUCCAAUGCAGCCGAAUGGCUGUCGAAGAAGUGUUUUCCGCAGUAGUUGACUCGUUGGAGACGCUGUUUCCUACCUUCACCUCAUUCCUGAAGAACGCGGUUCGUGCCGGUAAGAAAAAGUUGAUGGCCUUGCUUGGAUACAAAUUCGAUAUUGCCAGGGUUAGAAAGACUCGAGAGGUUCUUAUCGCGACCUUCAAGGCCACUCAGACCAAGACAAACAUAUUUAUGAAGACUAACAAGGCAGCGAUUGUUGAAGGCAUGGACCUUGCCAGAGACAAAAUUGACGACUAUAUCAAAGAUAAGAGACCCCAUCCCAAAACUCCUGAUGGCAAGAAAUCGAUGCUGGCCUGGCUGUUUGACAAUCCAAUCAUGAAAUUUCUCAUGAGGUUCAAUCCAUUCAGCAUCUUGAUCGAGGCAGCUCAAGGAGCGAUAGCAGAGGAAUUCGGAGACGAAUUCAGAAUCCCAGAUUUCUCCCCCUUGGUAAAGAUCUUCUCCGAAACAAUCCCUAAGGCACUUGAGGCACAAUUAGCGAAUGCCAUGCGUCUUAUUGAUUCCCUAAUGAUAAGACUCCAAGGUUUUGUCGCAAACCCGAAAUCUAUUCUUGAUCAGAUAUCUAGUUUCCUGGCGGAUUCCUUCUGGACGAUCUUUGACGCGAUAUCGAAUCUGAUCACGAUGUUUUGGGAAGUAGCGACGGGUGUCUUCCAGCAAGCAUUCGAACUCAUCUCUGGGGUUUGGAGAAUCCCUUACGUGACAUCCAUUUUUGAGUAUACAACGGGUCAGGAAUAUUCUUUCCUCAAUGUCACUUCUUUCGUUGGAGCAGCAUUAUUGAACAUGCUUGUUGGAGACAAAAACAGAUUGCCAUUCGACGUGCAUAGUCGGCCAGACGAAUUCAUCAACAACAUCCAAGACAAGGACCUUGAUAUCAGAAGUGUGUUCGAAGAGGCUUUCAAGAAGAUAUCGAAGCCCACGAACCCUCAUCCAGCAACAAUAAAUAUGAGUGCCAUGAGUGCUUUCAGCAUGGUUGCCAUGAAUACCAGCUCCAACGUGAGUAAAGUUGGCGCCCCAUCUCAAGGCAAGCCUAAGCAAUCGACGGGAAUUUCGCGAAACGAGAUGUCUCGAGCCAACCCGACACUAAGCAGAGUCCAAAAGCAAGGACGCGUCGCAAUCAGGUCGAGUACGAGAAAGUUCAGCAUGCUUACCACAGCGCCAAACAAUGGACUACUACAGGUGUCGGAGUUUUUCGAAUGCUCGCAGCUAUGGCUGAAGUCCCAAUCGCCUUCACAGAAGCGAUGCCACGCCUGGUUGGAGGUUCCGUCGUUGCCAAGUGGUGCUCUGGAGUGGGAAGUGUUUGUAGUAUCUUUGUUUCACUGGGACGCAUACUCGAUUUGGUCUUUUGGAAACGUGCCAUGGAUGCCAGUGAAGACUUGAAGGAAGAAUUGGACGAACACUUUUGGGUCUUGCUUAUAGGACACACGAUCAGUACCUUGACCAGCAUCACCGGAACCGUGUGUCUUUUUGUAGCUGAUUUCAGGAAAGAUGGUGAAGCCUCCAUUCGCUGGAUGACCUACGGGAAUUA